GUUAAAAAAAAAAAAACUUUACCCGGCGUUUCCGGGUGUUAAAAUGUUGGACAACAAAAACCGCCCCCAGCGUUUAAAAACAAAAAGUUUGGCUAAAAGUUUAACCCCCUAAACUCUGGGUGGAUUUGGUUUGUACAUUUUUAUCGUAAUUUGUAAUAUAGAAGUCAAAAAGUAAUGAAUAUUAUAUAACAGGAAUGUUAUAAAUGACGAUUCCCAUAGCAACGACUUCCAAUUUAAUUUAAUUUAAAUGUAUCCUAGCUGAACAGGAAACUAAAUUAAGUACUUAAUUUAAGUAAAUACCUCAAAUCUGUGAGCAUAUCUCAAGAAUACAAGUGUAACUCUACUCACAUUACACCACUGGCCUACAUGUUAAUAUAAACAUACUUAUGUACUUAUGUAAUGUAAAGUGUAGCCCUAUUUAAUCACACUGAGUCACCAUUGACCCAAAUGGUGGAAUGUAGGUUUCUAGGCUACUACUUCUCAUUUCUUCAUUUAGUGUAUCUGAAUCAGCCCAUUUCACUGAGGAGAUUUAUGCUUUUAAUGCGAAAUAAGCAUUGUGGUUUUUCCGUAUGUUAAUGAGGAUUUCAGGGGCUUUAACCUGAGGGCGUUACAUUCUACAUUAAAAACUAUAUAUAAACUUAAACCAGCCUAAAUACAUUUAAAUUUGAACAUAGGCCAACCAAACUUAAAUGGAUUUAGCAGGUUAUUACCACACCAGAAUAACAUUCCUGGUAACUUUUGAUUUCAUAUUGGGCUUUAUACGUACCAUCUUUUGUCCCAUUUCACUGUGUGUAUUGAUAAUUGUUGAGACCAGCAUUUAGAAAAACAAAUAAAAUGUUAGUAAAUAAAAUAAAAUAGUUAACUGAAUGAAAAAUCCUAUGAAUGCAUAUUGUGGUGUCUCGUUGUGCAUUAAAUCCUGGCUCCUCCAGCUCUGAUCACAUGAACUGACUCUUCAGCCUUUACCACUAAAAGCAAGAAGAAAAUGGAGCGCGUGCACCUGUGCGUGUGCGUCCAAUCAAAGGCUCGUGCCGCUGUCCACCGCACGAGUGCUGAAGACUGCUGCCACUCCGCACGGCAAACAAAAUACAUACGGGACAAACAUCUGAACAGUGCUCUCUUUAAUGAAAAGAAACUUUGAGUGAGAAGCACUUUGUUCCAGCACCGUGUAGAAGUUACCUACAGAGCGCGAGCUGAUGGACGCGAGCUUCGGACAGGUGCCACUCACCGUGACGCACAGGCACGGCGGGGUGAACCAGCUCGGCGGUGUCUUCAUUAACGGGCGUCCGUUACCGCACGUGGUGAGACAGCGCAUCGUGGAGCUCGCUCAACGGGGCGUGCGUCCCUGCGAGAUCUCCCGCCGUCUGCGCGUGAGUCACGGCUGUGUCAGCAAAAUACUGGCCAGGUAUAAUGAGACGGGAAGCAUCAGACCGGGAGUGAUUGGAGGCUCUAAGCCUAAAGUGGCCACUCCCAGAGUCGUGCAAAUGAUCCUGCAUCUGAAACACACCAACCCCACCAUGUUCGCUUGGGAGAUCCGAGACAGACUGCUGCUGGAGCGAGUGUGCGACCACGACAGCGUGCCCAGCAUCAGCUCAAUCAACAGGAUCAUCAGAAACAAAGUCCAGUCGGGGUCUUGUGACGUUGUGUCAUCAGCAUCACAUGUUGCCAUGGAAACAGCCUAUCCCUCCGAGUCCACCUACUCCAUCAGUGGAAUUCUGGGAAUCAGGAAAUGCAGCAGCAAACGUAAGGAAGAAGGAGAAUUCUCCUGCAGUGACUACUACGACCAGCCGUGUUCCUGUAAUGACGCCUGGGGAUGGUCUGACCCCUGCCUGACCUCUUUUUCCAGCCUCACCUUUUACCCCGGCCUGCCAGCUAAUCAUGAUCCAGACCUCUUAGGGCCUCCGUGUCAUUACAGCUGAACUAGGCUGCAAAACACCUCAGAAGAAAGAACAUCAUCCUCUCAGUGCCAAAAACAGGAUUUCAUAUUGACUGAAAUUGUGAUUAUUACAACAUGACUGCCAUCAAGACAGAAACCUUAAUCAGUUACCAACAUGUUUAAAUAAAACUGAAAAGACAUA